AUGGAAGAAAACAUGCACAAUCCACCUGAGGAGGUUGCCAACAACCAUGGUCAACCUGCCAGGAGAGUGCUAGCCUCCUACACCAUUUCUGACCUAGAAACUGUGAGAAACAACUGCCAAUAUAGAGGAAGUGUUACUGAAGACCUAAAUCAACAUCUCUCUGUUUUCUUGAGAAUAUGUGACACUGUCAAGACCAAUGGGGUGCAUCCAGCCAUCUACAAGCUGCUGCUGUUUCCCUUCUCUCUAAGGGACAAGGCUACUCAAUGGUUGGAAAUAUUUCCAAAAGAGAGCAUCACCAACUGGGAUGAUUUGGUUAGCAAGUUCUUAGACAAGUUCUACCCCCCUCAAAGAAACAUCAAGCUCAAGACUGAUGUGCAAACGUUCAGACAACUAGAGGGAGAGUCACUAUAUGAAGCUUGGGAGAGGUAUAAGGCAUUAAUUCGAAGAUGCCCUCCAGACAUGUUUAGUGAAUGGGUGAAGCUCCAAAACUUCUAUGAGGGUCUAUCCAUGAAAGCAAGAAAGGCUUUGGACUACUCUUCAGGAGUGUCCCUUCAAAUGAUGAAAACUUCACAAGAAGCACAUGAUCUCAUAGACAUGGUGGUCAACAACCAAUAUUUCUACUCCUCGGAGAGACAAGCAGCCCCAAAGAGAGGUGUUUGUGAGGUUGAAGAUGUGGAUGCUAUCUUAGCCCAGAACAAGCUAAUGCACCAACAACUUCAACAACAGAUGGAGAUGAUGUUAAAGAGGAUGGCUGGACUGCAAUUAGCUGUAGUGAGCAUAACCAACCAACCCCUAACUAUUUGGGGACAACAUGAAGAAAGCUAUGAGGUGUGCAAUAAUGAGCAGCAGCCUGAGCAAAAUCAAGAGAUGGCCAACAAGAAUUAUGAAGCGUCUAUGAGGAACCUUGAAAGGCAAAUUGGGCAACUGUCUAAGCAGCCUAUUGAGAGACCAAGCAAAACAUUCCCAAGUGACACCAUUCCUAACCCCAAGAAAGAAUGCAAAGCCAUACAACUAAGGAGUAGAAAGACAUUAGGAGAUGAUACCAAGGUUUCCAGCAAGGAACAAACAGGGGUUGACAAGAAUGACAAGAAGGACUCCAAGAAAGAUGAAGAACCACAAACUUCAACAAAGGGCAAGCAACUCUCAGAGGCACAACCACAAGAGCAGAGGAAAGAGGUGAAGCCAUAUGUCCCUCCACUACCUUAUCCUCAGAGAUUGCACAAGGAGCUCAAAGACCAACAAUUCCCUAAAUUCUUGGAGAUUUUCAAGAAGCUAGAGAUUAACCUUCCACUUGCUGAGGCCUUAGAACAGAUGCCUGACGUCGGAAUUUUUUCCAGUAAAGAAAAGCUGGCAAUAGAGGAAGUUAAACCCACCAGAAUGUCACUUCAAAUGGCUGACAGAUCACUCAAGAUACCUAAUGGAAUUGUGAAAAACUUAUUGGUGAAGAUUGGAGAGUUCAUCUUCCCAGCUGAUUUUGUGAUCCUGGAUAUGGAAGAGGAGGGGCAUAACUCAAUUAUCUUGGGGCAACCCUUCUUAUCUACAGCAAGAGCCAUCAUAGAUGUCAAAAAAGGUAAAAUGGUUCUUAGGGUACAUAAUGAUAAAAUGAUCAUUAAUGUCUUCAACGCAAUGCAAUAG